AUGGCUAAGAGACACGCAAUUGAAACAGUCGACAGAAGCUUUCGUGAUAUAAUGGAAAAAAAUGUGCCUUUUGGGGGAAAAGUAAUGGUAUUUGGAGGUGACUUUCGACAAGUGCUACCGGUGGUUCCAAAAUCAACACGAGCAGAGACAGUGGAUGCAAGUUUGGUAAGGUCAUAUUUGUGGCCUUUGAUGGAAAAAAUUCAUUUAACAUCCAACAUGAGGGCAAGAACAGAUCCAAAUUUUAGCAACUUCUUGAUUCGUGUUGGAAACGGCGAAGAGAACACAAUACGGGAUAAUUUAAUACUACUACCACAACAAAUAGUGGUCCACCCAACUGGUCAGGGUAAGGCAGAAGAAUGCUUGGUAACAGAAAUUUUUAAAGGGCUACAACAAAAUUACAGAUCGGCAAAGUUUAUUACUGAAAGGGCAAUCUUAGCAAGUCGAAAUGAAUUCGUAGAUAAUAUAAAUGAAAUGAUGAUUACUCGAUUCCCAGGAGAAACCAGAACAUAUAUCAGUUUCGACUCGGCAGAAGAUGAUACCAAUAAUUACUAUCAAGAAGAAUACCUAAAUACAUUAACUCCAAAUGGUCUGCCGCCACAUAGGUUGGUUUUGAAAGAGAAUGCGCCUAUCAUGAUGCUGCGCAAUUUAGACCCAUCAAAUGGUUUAUGCAAUGGGACACGAUUGAUUUGUAGAGGUUUUGACAACAAUGUCGUGCAUGCAGAAAUAACUACAGGAGAAUUUGCAACAAAACAUGUGUUUAUACCAAGAAUCCAAUUAUCGCCGCCUGAGAAUGAAGGAUAUCCUUUUAAAUUUAUUCGGAAGCAAUUUCCAAUACGUCUAUGUUUUGCCAUGACAAUAAAUAAGGCUCAAGGUCAAACGAUACCUAAUGUGGGAUUAUAUCUUCCCCAACAUGUUUUCUCCCAUGGGCAACUAUAUGUAGCUUUAUCAAGAAGAAUCUCAAUGGCAACAACAAAGGUAUUGGUUAUGACUGAACAACCAGAUACGGGGACAGGGACAUAUGCAAGAAAUAUCGUAUACAAGGAAGUAUUAGGUUAG